UCGAUGGUAAAUCCUCCCCCUUCAAGUUGGCAAUCCAAUGACGAACCCGUCAGUAGAGAAUCAUGAAUCGGAAAGGCUAUCCAGCUGCUGCCUAAUGAGGUUGUCUCUGAGCAACAGUCAGUUGCUGCUGUAAAGAAGCUUCUAGCCAUCGCUGUUUCCAGCAUCACAUACCUCAGGGGGAUAUUCCCAGGCAGAGCCUAUGGGACCAAAUAUCUUGACGAUCAGAAAGUGAUGAUCCUGAAAGAGGACCACAACUGUCCAGGAACUUCUCACAUACUCAAGUGGAUGGCGGGUUGUUUUGAUGCCAUCGAGAAGAAAUAUCUGAGGGUCGUCAUAAUGUCUCUCUUUACUGACCCAAGCAACCCCCAGAGAGUGACUGAGUGUUACAAGUUUAGGAUCCAAUACGCCCCUGAAGGAACAAAUGUGGAUUUUGAAAGUAAAACCAAUGAGAAGUUUUCCAUGAUGUCUGUGGGAACUACCAAAAAAGCAAGCAUCUUACUGGUGAGGAAACUUUACACGCUGAUGCAGAACCUGGGUCCUCUGCCAGAAAACGUCUGCCUCAACAUGAAGCUGGCCUACUAUGACGAUGUCACUCCUCAGGACUACCAACCUCCAGGUUUCCAAGAGGCUGAAGAAACCACACUAGUGUUUGAGCAGGAACCUGUCACACUGACCUUUGGCAAAGUUGAAACCCCCUACCACUGUUUGAAGUUUGACAUGGCCACAGAGAAACACAGACUGGAACAGGUUAAAGAGGGUGUUUCUGUGAAUAAAAAAUGGAUUCUGGAGAUUGAAGACCCAAUCAACCUUACACAGAGUCCUGAUCUCAAACUAGUGGAGGAGUCUGAGAACUUCACUACAGACAUGGAUAACACAGAGAUCCAAUUGUGCAUUGAUAAGGAGGAAGAAGAAGAGAAGGAAAGUGGUGAGGAUGUCCCCGAGGAGACAAACGUUACCAUGAAAAGGAAGCAGUCGACCAGAAUCAAGGAGAAGAUGGUUUCCCAGUAUGACCUCGUCAGCAGCCAGGAGCCAUCUGCCCCUGGAACCAUUAAGAAGCGCAGGUUCAGCGAGCCUAAAAGUGACUAUUGAUCUCAGUGCAAAUAAGGCACUUUGUUAAAUUAAAGUCUUGUUGUUUUUUUUCAUUUCCAUAACAAGCUGUAGAGUUCGUUUUUAAGACGAUCAACACCAGUUUGUUUAUGAACAUGGUUUGGAAUAAUUUUAUAGUUAAGACUUUAAGGCAGUUAAGUAUGAAUUGUUUUAGCUUGUUUAAUGGUCCUAUGGGCUUAUUUGUGUUGCAUUUAUGAUUCUGUAAUACUUAAGAACAAA